AUGGCUUUCAAGUACACCGCUUUUCUUCUGCCUUUGAGUGUCCUUGCCGCAAAGACUGGCGACUCCGGCGAACUAUCUUCACUCGAUGCUGGUCUCGGUGGAACCGUUGAGGUCGUCAACGACAACGAGCUGAUGAUCUCGAACUACAAGCUCAAGGACGCUUCAUCGCCUGCUCUCUACUGGUGGGGCUCCGAGACCAAAGAUUUAUCUGCCGGAUUCCGCAUCAACAAUGAAAGGGUCAGCAAGGCUGCUUCGACUGAUGUCAUCACCGUCAAGCUCGAUGCGGGCCAUACCGCAGCUGAUUUCUCCGUCGUCGGCCUCUGGUGUGAGAAGUUCGAUGCCAACUUUGGCCAGGCGACGUUGAGUGCGGAAGGAAACUCUUCGUCAACUUCGACCGAUAAGAAGGCGGAUCAGAAGGGGGCGGCGUCAGGUUUGGCAAGUGGCAAGUCCGCUGCGGUUGCAGCGCUCUUGAGUGCCGUGGCUUUUGCAGCGUACCUUAUCUAA